CCUAAUUUAGAGUUUCUACCUUUUUGCAGGCUUACACGCACCACGUGCAGCAUACUGAAACAACACCGGGCAGCUCAGCAGGGACUGGCAUCCCUACGUUCCAUUUUCCCCCAGCCAACAGUGUGGCUGCCCCAGCAGAUCCCUUGGUUCAGCUCUUCUGGGAGCAGCUGAUGCAGCAGAAACUCUUGCACCCACUCCCUUUGGCUCCCCUCCCUGCAAAGCACUAAAUAUGUCUUUCCCACGCGGCCGCUGAGCUCCACUGGCCCAGAGCCCAUGAGCACUAAAUUGUCUUUCUGAUUCAAUUAAUCCAGCAGAAUUCCACCAGCCCAUUGCCCCCCACCUCGUCCCAUGGAAGCCUAGGAUUCCACCAAGACUCAAAGAGUACCAUCCUCCUUCACUGACACUUGCAGCACAAGACACUUGCUGAGAGGGUCUGUUCCAGACACCAAAACAUAUCUCAGGAAAAACAGCAACAUUUUGCAAGGCUCAAGGACUUCCAGUACAUCAGUGGCAGGCCAAGAAGGAGCAACUCUUCUACUGCUAUGAAAGGAAACCACUAAGCCCUACCCCUGUACCAUUAACUAUUGUCCUCUACAAGAUCUGGAAAACAUGAAGGCUGUAGCCCUCUUCAUUUGUCUUGUAGGACCAGUUUUUGCUAUUCCAAGUGAAUAUAUUCAUUCUGAAGCCUCAAAGGAAGAGAACACAGGGUAUGUAGACAAGGGUGAUUUGCUGCUUACUCCCAGAAACUUAAAACCAGGCUCUGAAGACAGGGAUGAGCCCCAGACCAUUAGGAAACAAGGAAGAACUGGGAGCGAGCAUCAAGUGAAAAACAGCCUGAAAAGCAUCGAUUUCCUUGUACUGCACAAUAAACUAGGUUUGGCUUCUGAUAACCAGGACAGUGACUCUGGGAGCAGCAGCAGAGAACAGUCCAGCUCUGAGCACGACCAGCUCAGGAAGCAUGAGAAACACGGGAACACGGCAAACCGACACCUUCCAGGCCAUGCAGAACACCCACUGGGCGCUUUCAGCCUUCAUCAUGAGCAUAACAUGUGGAAAUAUAACAAAAAUGCUGUUGGCCUGUCCAAAAAAAACAGUGAAAGCGAUGAAGAAGAAAGCAUGGAAGAAGAGGAUGAGAAAUGGGAUGAAGAAACUGAUUACAGAGACACAAAGCACAAAGACCAUCAGACACGUCAAGGUGACCAAUACAAAAGACAGCAACAUGAGAACAGCAUGCAAUUAGAUGAACUCCUGAGAGAUUCCAGCCAACCAACCUGGAAAACCAAGAGACACAGCAAGAAAUUUGACCUAGAGGAAGAAGAGAGGGAAAACAGGAAGAAGUCCUAUAAAGAAGAAAUCCCCCUCUCUCAAAAAACCCGUAAUGAAUAUCAGGAUGGCAAACAGCAAAAUCAAGAGAGAAAAUACAAUAUUCAAGUGAACUAUCAGAGUGAUCAUGACACAGUGGUGAAAAUAAAAGAUAGGGAAGACAGUAAUGAUGAUGACGGUCACGACAGUGGUGACAUUGAUGGUGAGGAGUAUCUCAGCAAUACCUGGAAAGAAACAGCCUAUGAGGAAGAGGAGAGAAUCCAGAGUAACGACCAGGAGAACACCAGUACUGAGUCUGAAGGGGAAGGAACCACUGAGGAUGACACUGCAGUUCGCAAAGAGACUGAGGAUUACCAAAUUGUCAAGAUUAAAGACCUUGCUCCCUCUGAACAAGAUGAUCAUGAGCCACCUGAUUCUGACAACAAGCAGCAACUGAAAAUGAGUAGCUCCAUUCAGAACAUGAAUUCAAUGGACAGUGAAGAUAAGGUUAAGAUUACAAACAGUUCCCGUGGUGAGAUGGAAAGUGUCAGCAACAGGAAUGAGCAGGCUCUCCUUGGACUGCCAGACAGGUGUCGGAACUUCCACUGCAAAAGAGGCAAAGUCUGUCAUGCAGACAAACAAGGGGAACCCCACUGCAUUUGCCAAGAUCCUGCUGCUUGCCCUCCCACCGAAGACUAUGAGCAUGUUUGUGGUACAGAUAACAAGACUUAUGACGGCACAUGUCAACUCUUUGGUACCAAAUGUCAACUGGAAGGGACAAAAAUAGGACGCCAGCUGCACCUAGACUAUAUGGGCUCCUGCAAACACAUCCCUCCCUGUACUGAUUAUGAAGUGGAUCAGUUUCCCCUCCGGAUGCGGGACUGGCUUAAGAACAUCCUUAUUCAAUACUACGAACGUGACCUGAGCACUUCUGGGAUUCUAACCGAAAAGCAAAGGAAUAAGGUAAAAAAGAUCUACCAGAAUGACAAGCGCCUUGUGGCUGGUGACCACCCGGUUGAGCUGCUCCUGCAUGACUUUGAGAAAAAUUACCACAUGUAUGUGUAUCCUGUGCACUGGCAGUUUCACCAGCUUGAUCAGCACCCUGUUGACAGAUUAUUAACACACUCGGAGCUCGCACCCUUGAGAGCCUCCCUUGUUCCCAUGGAACACUGCAUAACCCGUUUCUUCCAAGAGUGCGAUGGAGACCAGGACAAACUCAUCGCUUUGAAGGAAUGGUGCCACUGCUUUGGGAUUAAGGAAGGUAAGCCCAAAAGAAUAGGCAGAUGUACCUGACAGAAUGUUCCCACCAAGAACAUUACUCACACCUCAACAAAAGAUCUGAGGCAAAGAAAUUGUAAGCAGAAGCCCAUGGCUACUGUGCCGAGAGGAAAACAGAACACUAAUAACAAGACUGCAAAAGGUCAACAAGGGUUAAAGGUUAACAACAUAGCACAGGUUAAUCCCAGAAGAGUUAUGGGACAGAAGGCAUUUGGCCAAACAGGACUGAAGAAAUGUGUUCAAAAUCCUACUAGCAAGUCCCUAAUUUUAAGCAGAGGCUGAUUCUAGUCAGAAGUCAGACACACGGAACCUUUGCUCUUCCCAGAAUUUUUCAAGCUCUUCUGAUGACAUUUUACCAGUCAUGAAGGACUAAAGCUGCAAGGACUUAUCUAAGUACAUGUAUACUUCUGCCAGUGAUUGCUCAUUCAUAGCAUCAGUCACUUUAUUGAUAGUGAUACAGCAUAAAAAUGUCUCUUUGGCAUAAAAUGUUAAUAAUGUUUUCUUCAUCUUUGUUGCAGAGGACAUAAAUGAAAAUCUCCUUUUCUGAGCCCGGCUGAACAGACUCCCACUACUGCACUAAAACUGAUGAAUCCUGCUUACUUCUGUAAUUAACAGCUGAACAGCUUUCAAGAAAAUGGUGGAAUAAGGUUCACUGAAUUCUUAUCAAACAACCCAAGUGCACAAAAUUUCUACAUUCAUUAACAGCAGAAAAAUGUAACUACUUCAUAGCUAAAAAAAAAGUGUUUCCCCCCACAUGUAUCCAUGAUCUUUCUGAACCAAUAAAUACUACUAACCUAGUGACUAAGCUGUUCACAAAACUCUUCAGCAGAAUUAUAGAACGUAGAUUUUAUCACUCACUGAAAUGGGACCUGUUUCCUUUAUUUACUGUAUUGUCAACUUAACACACUGCAUAGAAGUCUCAAAUAAAAUAGAAGUCUAUUGGAUAUACGGGUAUUCUCACAACUUUGUUGAAGAAAAUUGUGUUUAUUUCACCUCUGCCCAUCUUUUGCUCUCAUCAAGAGAGGCACAAUUCAAGCAUAAAAAAAAACCAGGACAGGAUGAGAUUAUUCCUGAAUCUCCAUAAAUUUGUGAUUUUAAGGUAAGCACUUCACUGAAAACAUUCCAGGCAUAUUCUGCUUUAAGGAAAAAGCCCAAAAUUCUAUUCCUACAAAGGAUGAUCAGCAAACACCUUUCACCAGAACCACGUCACCUCUCCAAAGAAAAGAAGAUGGGAGUCAGAAAUGCUAUUUUGGUAGCUUAAAUAGUGGAAGUCCCAUCCCCCUCUGCUAAUUUGCCCUGGAAGCAGCACAGGCUGAUAAUCGUAGUCCAACGCCAGGCUGAUGCCCUGGGAUACAAUGAAUCAAGCUGUGAUUAUUUUCAACAAAAGAACUUCUUAUACAAACCAGAGAUUACUUCCUAGCAGUGGCAGUUUUUUUUUUUCCAUAAUCCUGACUUGCUGCUCACUUCACAUUCUGCAACAUUACAAAGCAGUGUGUAAAUAACUCAACCUGGAUGGCAUGUACAAAAGCACAUUCUCUAUGCAAGUUCCAUUUGGAAAAGAUCCUUUCUCUGGGACUUCAAAUGUCUUGGGGGAGAAAGUAAUUUUGACAGCGCUUCUCCAGCCUGGCUGCAGCCUAUUGCUUAUUUGGUCUUUCUGGUUUUUGUUUAACCCACACAGAGUUGGGUGGCAGAAAACACAGCUCUCAAACUGCAAGUACACUGCCAGUUUACACAGCUGGCCUCAAAAGGUAAUGACUUUAACCCACAAAUUCCCAUUUCUUCAGGAAAAAGAAUUUAUGCUGUCUCUCAGUUUGCAGCUUCAGUACUCUCAGUAUUAUCACCUGAGUACUCCUCCAGCAUCACUACAGUCAGAGUAUCUCCAGUGAAAAAUAAACAACAAAUACUCUUUCCAUAACACAUUUCCUCUGCCAAGCCUGUCAAUCCUCUAAGGGUUAGUGGGGUUGUUACCAAAAAAACCCUGCCGUUUUUAUUAGCUGAGAAGUAAACUAAUAACCCAAAACAUCUGAAGAAGGCAUGAUUCAUGACAUUUUGUGGUUUCCUGAUGCAAGACAGGGUAUUAAAAACUGUAUAUAGAGACUGCAGAUCCACAUCCCCUGACUCUCUAAGAAGGGUGUGCUCUUGUGGAUCAUGCUUUCAAAACCCAGCUACACUGCUGGGAGUCUACUCUGCAUAAUGCAUCACAUCACAGAAGAAAUCAGAUAGGCAGGAAGAGGUGAGCAAGGGUUGAAAGAAAAAUUAAUACCUUUUGAC